AGCACUCAUAUCCAAACUGGAAUCUCGUUAUACAUAAUGUCAAACGAUGAAUGUGUAAUUGUCGGUGCUGGUAUCAUCGGCGUGUACACUGCCUACUCCCUCAUCACCUACGCCAAAGUCCCCGCCUCGAAAAUCACCAUUGCGGCAGAGUUCCAACCAGGUGACGAAUCCAUCAGAUACACCAGUCCGUAUGCUGGGGGCAACUUCAGUUGCAUCUCACCAGAUGACGCCCCGACGAGAAACUACGACCGAUUCACCUACACCCAGCUCGACAAGUUGAGAGCACUUUUGAGCGCGAGAAACCCGGAGUUUGGCUUGGACAUCUAUGAGUGCUCCGAUUACUGGGACUAUAUCCCAGGAAAGGCCAAGAUUGCCUCUCUCAGCUCAUACUUGCGUGACUACAAAGUCAUUGAGCAGCUGCAGCUUCCAGAAGGGGCCAAGUUUGGAAUCAACUACUUUACCUGGAACUUCAACUGUCCAAAGUUCCUCAAGGCUGUGUUGGAAUACUUGAAGGCAGAGGGUGUUGUAGUCCUCCGCCAGAAGUUCGACCACAUCGAGGAUGCCUUAUCUGUGGCCCCAAAUGCCUCCUACGUGUUCAACUGCACAGGUUUAGGCUCCCGUGAGUUGGGCGGAGUCAACGACAAGAAGACCUACCCGGCACGUGGCCAGGUUGUAGUUAUUAAGACCGGAAAGAAGGAACUCAAACAGAAUUUUAUGAGAUGGGGUAAAAACGACACCGCCACCUACAUUAUUCCAAGACCACACUCCAACGGGCAGGUCGUCUUGGGGGGAUUUUUGCAAAAAUACAGAUGGGAGCCAGCUACCUUCGAGGCCGAGUCUAGGGAUAUCAUCCAGAGGGUUUCAAAGUUGUGUCCGCAGUUGUUGACCGAGUACGCAUCCUCAAAACACGAGGUGGAUGGCUUUGGUAAGCUCGAUGUGAUCAGAGUGGUGUCAGGCUGGAGACCUUCCAGGGAGGGCGGGGUGAGAAUUGAGCGUGAGAACUUUGUGAAGAACGCCAAGGAGAGGGUUCUCGUGCACAACUAUGGUGCCGGAGGGUAUGGCUAUCAAUCGGGAUUGGGAAUGAGCUUCAAGGCUGUGACCUUAGCUUUCCCGAGGGCCGGUGAUUUCAGUGAUUACUUUAACGAAGCCUCACAGAGCAAGUUAUAGAUUUAUCGUCAGUACUUGUUAGAUAUAAUCAACUCCUAACGAGAGCUAAGAGUCAUUCCUUGCGUAGAGUGGUGAUUUUGAAGCCUCUUACAGUAUAUCCUUUUCCGACAUAGUGUUAUGGUCAACACGGUUUUCUAUACUUUGUAACCUCGGGGUUGGACUCCUGGUAUUAGAGUAGCUUUGCGGUAGGUGAAAGGCUUAUUUAUAUAUACGUAUAUACACAAUAUUCUCCUCAUCACUUCGUUUCGC